CCACAGCACUGAGAGUCUGACAGUUGUGGCAGGUGCACGUGACUUAAGAAGCAGACAGGAAAACCAUGUCCGCAUUAAUGUGAGAAACUAUAUCAAGCAUCCACAAUACAAGACCAAUAGUAACACACCUUACAUGGCUGACCUGAUGAUUCUGGAGCUGGAUAAAAAAGUCCAACUAAACGACAACAUCCAGACAAUUCCCAUACCAAUGACACCUGUGAAUAUCAGUGUGGGCACUGCUUGCAGUGUUGCAGGCUGGGGAAGAAUAACUACUAGCGGCCCUUUAAGUCCAACCCUCAGAGAGGCAAACGUGCAGAUUGAGAAUAACACAGUCUGUGCUGCUCAAUGGGGAUGGGAAUAUGUAGCUCCACAGAUGAUGUGUGUAUAUGGCAGUGGAGGAUCGUGUUUCGGGGAUUCAGGAGGUCCUUUGGUUUGUAACAACACUGCGGUGGGCGUUACAUCCUUUGUACGCAAGGUCAACUGCAACGAUCCUUAUCGGCAUAAUGUUUAUAUGAAAAUUUCUGCAUUUCUUCCAUGGAUCACGGAAAUAGUACCACUACCACCUAAAUGAAUUCUGCAUAAUAAAGUGAUAUAAAUGCAUGCUAUUAUUUCUUUUAUCUUUCCAAACUGUCAUCUUUUAACACCUCAUUAAACAACAAUUUACAACUGCACUGUACUCAUCACAAACUAUGCUCUAUGCAUUAUGUUUUUGUGGUUGUGUGUGUGUUUAAUGGUUGAAUUUCUGAUUUUCUCACAAACUGAUUUUAAAUAAAGCUUUGAGCAU